AUGACACCAAAAAAUAAAAGAAAACAAAAAAAGAUAUGUAAAUGGCUAAAACAAUUGGAUUUCCAAAGGACAUGGAGAGAAAAAAUAUGGAGAAUAAUAUUACAAGGAAAUGAAGAUUUUAAAAAAUUUAAUAUAAAAGAAGUUAAUCCAGAUUUAGUUAGUGCAUUCUUUAGAAAGUCAUUACCAGAAGAAAAGUAUCAAAACUUUGCUCUUAUCUAUCAAUUAGUUGAAAGUAUUGUUCCAGCUGACUAUCCACAAUUUGAAGGGUCAAUUGGUAUUGCUGUGGUUAUUGCUUCAUUAUUUCCAAAUGAUUUUAAAAUGCAACAAUGUGCAAUCUCUUAUUUCUUAACUAAAUUUAAUAAUUACACUGCUGACUCUGAUGGGGUUAUUCAAUUACUUUGGUUAUUGAUACAAUACCAUGACCCUCAAUUAUCAAAUCAUUUCAAAAGUUUAUCAAUAAAUUUAAAAUCAUUAGUUCUUCGACAUUUUUAUUCUUUAUUUAUUCAAUUCUAUGAUCCAAUGGAUACUGUAUUGUCAUUGUAUGAUCGAUUAUUAUAUUCAUCUCCAAUUAUUCCAAUGUUUAUACUUUGUUCUAUAUUCAUUACACAUAGAAGUGAAUUAUUAAAAACAACAAGUUCACUUGCUCUUGAAACAUAUUUCAAUGAAAUUCGUCUUAAUGAGACUGAUACUUCUUCAUUACUUGUGUUUGCAAAAUAUAUUCAACAAAAUACUCCUACUUCUUUUUCAAGAUUAUUAAGUUCAUGUCUUUCAAACAACGCUAUUUAUCAACGUUGGGAAGCCUCUAAAUUUGAUGGAGGUGUAUAUUUUCCAGUAUCACCAACAGAUAUACUUUCUGAUAAAUUAAAUCAUAUUAAUAUCAUAUAUGUUGAUGGACGAGAAGAAAAUGAUUAUAAUAAUGGUCACAUUAACAGUUCUAUUCUUCUUAAAGACAUUGAUACAACACCUGAAAAUAUUCAUUGGGUAUUAUAUUUUUCAGGUGCUCCAAAUGAAAGUGAAUCAAUUACAACAAGUGUAGAAACAUUAAUAAAAAAUAAUAUAAAGCAUAUAUCAGUCCUUGGGGGUGGUUAUAGUUUAUAUCAUAAAUUUUGGACAGAACGAUCUGAAGGUUUUAAUAUUGAAGGGCAUACAAAAGAUUGUCAAGUGUGUCGUGGGGUUAAUUGGAAAAAUGUGUUUAAAUUAGAUUUUGUUAAAAAAGAGAUUAAAAGAAGAAGUCUUUCCAAUUCAUUAUCUGAGUUAGUAAAAGAUAAAUUAACAGGAUUGGUUAGUGAUAAAACUAUUAAAGAAAUUAACUGGGAAAAAAAAGAAGAAACAGGAAGAUAUCUUGUUGAAAAAGUUGAUAUUUUGUAUGAAAGCAAUAUAGGAUAUUUAGAGUAUAAUAGUAUUGAAUUAAGUAUUAUAAUCAAUGAAAGUAUUGUUAUAGAAUUAUUUUAUGAUGAUAUUGAUAGAUUCAGUUUUACUGGUAAAACAAUUUUCAUUCAUACUAAGAAUGGAGAAGAGAUUAAAUUCCUUGUAAAUGAUAGUCCAGAAAAAUUAAUCAAAGACAUUCAAAAUAAAUCAAUUUAA